AUGAAAAUUUUCAUAUUUGUUAUAAUCGCUUUCACGGCGAUCUCGUAUACGCGGGCGGCUGCCUUGGAUAACGGAAGCGGUAGUGAGGAAUCCUCAAGGGAAAUUCCAGCAUCAGAAGAUAUUUCCGAGACUAUCACUGUUUUUGGGGAACUACCUCCGCGGAAGUUGUUGGAACUUAUUUUGAAUAGAAACCAAGCAGGUGAAAAUGAUGCAGACCUCGCGGAUUACGAGGUCAUUGAUGACGAUGAAGAUGACAAAAUUAAUAAAAAGGCAGAUGAUGAUGAAGAUAUAAACGAAGAAUCGAAGGAUAGUGCCGAUGGAAGUAAUGAAGAUGAAGACAGUGAAGAAAAUGAUGAAGAUGAUGUGUUCGGCGAUGAGGAUGAAGGCGAUUCAAAAAACUCAAGUAUCGAUAGCAACGAAAUCGAUAAUAGUUCUAAUCAGCUAGAUGAAGAUACAUUAGAAGGAAGUGGAGAUGGUGAAGACGACAACGAAAAAGAAAAUAGCGAAAAUGAAGAUGAUGCUGAGGACAAUGAGGAUGAUGAUAGUAAUGAAAGCAAAGAAAAUAACUCCAACGAAGACAGUUUAGACAAUGGUACUAGUAAGGAUACUGAUGGUGAAGAAGAUAAACAUGAAGAUCAUGACGCUGACGAAGAUGCAAGUGGGGAUAGUGAUGGAGAAGAUUAUAUCAGCAGCUAUAUAGUUACACUGAGCACUUAA